AUGUAUAUUCUAUUUUCAUGUCACAUUUUUUGUGUGUCUCAAUUUUAUUUUUAUUUGUGUCUGACCUAGCUAGCUCAACUCCCCCACCCCCUUAUACAUGUUGUGCACCUUAUGUCUAAUACAAACAUAUGUCUAUGUCUAUAUAUAUUAUAAUAAAAUAAAAAAAUCUAUAGGUUACAGAAAAAAAAAAGACGUACUAGUAAUGGCAGGAGUGAAGAUCUUACCCCUAUUUGGUUCAACGUUUUAAGGAGCACUCUCUAUUAUAUGUUGAGGGUGGUGAGAUAGGGAAUCACCAGUGAUCAUGAGCAUGUGUAUCGUGUAAUACUGUCUGUUUCCGAAAUAGUAACAUGGAAGUACUUCCCUGUUCUGGUGUUCAAUGUACAGGAGAAUCUGACCGUCCUCAGCAGAGUCCAGGGACAGCAUUUUUAUAUCAGGGAGAACCUAAUUACCCUGAAAAUGGUCAACAAGUUAAAUUUGGAGACGGUCAACUGAAUGAGUUAUCACACAAAAUGGAAGGGUCUCAGAUAGAAAAGCAAGGUGAAGAAAAAUGGACUGUCUGUCAUUUGUCGACUAAUUCGGAUGUUCAAUGCAGCAGAGAUUCAGGUUGUGGCUUUCAGGGGGAAGACCAGAAGGAAGACUCCGCUCUCGAUGAUCUUGAUGAUGAUUUGAUAAAUGAACCUUGCUUAACCUCUGAAAAUUCUCUCUUGGUUGUGGAUACGAUUGAAAGCGAAUCACCAAACAACAGGGAAGGAGAUUUAUCAUUUUCUGAACCCAAGUGGCUAGAGGGGGAUGAACCUGUGGCAUUAUGGGUCAAGUGGAGAGGAAAGUGGCAGACUGGCAUCAGAUGUGCGAGAGCUGACCGGCCAUUAUCAACUUUGAGAGCAAAACCAACUCAUGGACGGAAGAAAUAUUUUGUCAUAUUUUUUCCACACACAAGGAAUUAUUCUUGGGCAGAUAUGCUGCUUGUCCGACCAAUCGAUGAGUUUCCCCAUCCUAUUGCAUAUAAGACUCAUUGGGUAGGAUUAAAAAUGGUAAGUGACUUGACUAUUGCACGGCGGUUUAUAAUGCAGAAGCUAGCUAUUGGAAUGCUGAAUAUUGUUGAUCAGCUUCAUCCAAAUGCACUGACAGAAACUGCCCGUGAUGUGAAGGGCUGGAAGGAAUUUGCCAUGGGUGCUUCCCAUUGUACUGGUUAUUCAGAAUUUGGAAGAAUGCUUCUAAAGCUGCACAAUAGCAUAUUGCAACCCUACAUAAAUGCUGAUUGGUUACAGCAUUCUUCUCACUCUUGGGCUGAAAGAUGUCAUAUUGUGAAUAGUGCCGAAUCUGUAGAGCUGCUGAAGGAGGAAUUGUCUGAUUCUAUUUUAUGGAAUGAUGUCAACUCUCUUUGGAGGACACCGGCACAACCAAUGUUAGGUUCUGACUGGAAAUCCUGGAAGCAUGAUGUAAUGAAAUGGUUUACAACUUCACCUUCCUUAUCUUGCAGCAAAGACACACAGCCACAGACUCCUGAUGCUUCGUAUGCUGCAAACCUUCAGGUUUCUAGAAAACGGGCCAAACUUGAAGUUCGUCGGGCAGAUACACAUGCUUCGCAAGCGGAAAGGAAAGAUGUGAAUCAGUCUGUUGCUCUUGAGACUGACCUUGGGUUCUUUAAGAAUCAGGAUACAUUGAGCCUAUUAGCAGCUGAGAAUGGUAAACAUGAAGAUGUUAGGGAGGUAUCUGCUGCGAACGAUUUAACUAGUAAUGUGGCCAAUAAAUGGAAUGAAAUUGUAGUUGAGGCUGCCGAUUCGGAUUGCUUGCAUACCAAAGGAAUGGAAUUAACACCUGUGAGUGAAAUGGCUGUUGCAAAAUCAGUAGAGCCCGGUAGUAAGAAUCGACAAUGUAUAGCCUAUAUUGAAUCAAAGGGAAGACAGUGUGUGAGAUGGGCAAAUGAUGGUGAUGUUUACUGUUGUGUACAUUUGUCCUCUCGAUUUUUGGGCAGCUCAGAAAAAGAUGAGAAGCUGGUUCCAGUUGAUACUCCUAUGUGUGAAGGUACUACUGUUCUGGGUACAAAAUGCAAGCACCGGGCCCUACCUGGUUUUCUAUUCUGUAAGAAACACAGGCCUCAUGAUGAAACAGAGAAGAUCUCACAUUCACCACAAAGUACACUGAAAAGGAAACUUGAAGAAAAUUAUGCUGGUUCAGUGAACACCUGCAGAGACAUUGUGUUGGUAAAUUCUGAAAGCCCACUGGAAGUGGAGCCAGUGUCAUUCAUUGGCGGUGAUCACUUUCAAAGAAAAAGCAGCUUAGGUGAGAAUCCCACACAUCCUAAUAAUAAUUAUGAUGCAAUGAAGGGUCUGCACUGUAUUGGUUCUCCUCCCUUUGAUAACAAGAAUCCAUGUAGAGAAGCUCCUAAGCGAUAUUGCUUGUAUUGUGAAAAUCACCUUCCUAGCUGGCUUAAACGUGCAAGAAAUGGGAAGAGUAGAAUCGUAUCGAAAGAAGUGUUCACAGAACUUUUGAGGGACUGCAACUCGUGGGAGCAAAAGGUGCAUUUGCAUAAAGCAUGUGAGCUUUUCUACAGGCUGUUCAAAAGCAUUUUAUCACUAAGAAACCCAGUUCCUAAGGAUGUUCAAUUCCAGUGGGCUUUGACUGAAGCCUCUAAAGAUACUAGUGUAGGAGAAUUCUUUACAAAGUUGGUUCAUACUGAGAAGGCUAGAAUCAAACUAAUUUGGGGAUUCGGUGAUGACUUGGAUGUAUCUCCUAUCAUGGAAGAACCACCAGUUUUGCCAUCCACAACCACUGAUAGCAUCGAUAAUGAAAAUGCCAUUAAGUGUAAGAUAUGCUCUGCAGAAUUCAGUGAUGACCAAGCUCUUGGUAACCAUUGGAUGGAUAGUCAUAAAAAGGAAGCACAGUGGCUGUUUAGGGGUUAUGCAUGUGCCAUUUGUCUGGAUUCUUUUACUAACAAGAAACUGUUGGAAACACAUGUUCAAGAGCGACACCAUGUGCAGUUUGUUGAACAGUGUAUGCUUCUACAAUGUAUUCCUUGUGGUAGUCAUUUCGGAAACAGUGAGCAAUUAUGGCAGCAUGUUUUAUCAGUUCAUCCUGUUGAUUUAAAGCCAUCAAAAGCUCCUGAGCGGCAAACUCUCCCUGCUGGAGCUGGUCAAGAUUCUCCAGUAAAACAUGUCCAGGAAAAUUCUGCUCCUUUGGAGAAUAAUUCUGAGAAUCCGGGUGUCUUGCGGAAGUUCACUUGCAGGUUUUGUGGGUUGAAAUUUGAUUUGUUACCUGACCUUGGUCGACAUCACCAAGCUGCCCAUAUGGGACCCAAUCUAGUUAGCAACCACCCUGCGAAGAAGGGGGUUCGCUACUAUGCAUAUAGAUUAAAAUCUGGCAGACUUAGCCGUCCUAAAUUUAAAAAAGGUUUGGCAGCAGCAUCAUAUAGGAUCAGAAACAGGGCUAAUGCUAAUCUAAAGAGAGGCAUCCAAGCAACAAAAUCGCUUGGCAUGAGGGACAUGUCCUUACAACCUCGUGUAACGUCAUUACAACCUCAGGUGACAACAUCCUUACAGCCUCAUGUAACUGAAACAUCAAAGAUUAGUAAAUUCGCGGAACAUCAGUGCUCGGGAGUUGCAAAAAUUUUAUUUUCUGAGAUUCAGAAGACUAAACCUCGGCCCAACAAUCUUGAUAUUCUAUCAAUUGCUCGGACUGCUUGCUGCAAAGUUAGUCUUGCAGCCUCACUUGAGGAGAAAUUUGGAAUUCUACCUAAAAGAAUAUAUUUGAAGGCAGCAAAACUUUGUGCUGAGCAUAAUAUUAUUGUAAAUUGGCACCAUGAGGGGUUUAUUUGUCCUAGAGGCUGCAAUGGUUUGAAGGAUCAAGCAUUGCUCUCUCCCUUAUCAUCUCUUCCUAAUAGUUUUGUGAGGCCAAAAUCUGUAAAUGUAUCAGAUCAUGCAAGUGAUGAGUGGGAACUGGAUGAAUUUCAUUGCAUCAUCAAUUCACAUGGUCUAAAGUUAGGGUCACUGCAAAAAUCUUCAAUCUUUUGUGAUGAUAUAAGCUUCGGGAAGGAAUCAACUCCUGUGAUUUGUGUAGUAGAUCAAGAACUUUUGCAUUCUAUCAAUAAGAAUGGUUCCAAUGAUCAAGAUACUGACUCUGCUAUGCCUUGGAAGAGCUUUACCUAUGUUACAAAGGCAAUGCUUGAUCAAUCCCUUAGUCUUGAUUCAGAGAGCCUGCAAUUGGGAUGUUCCUGCUCAUAUUCUUCCUGCUGUCCUGAAACAUGUGACCAUGUAUACCUUUUUGGUAAUGACUAUGAGGAUGCAAACGACAUAUUUGGGAAACCAAUGCGUGGCAGGUUCCCAUAUGAUGAGAAUGGUCGAAUAAUAUUAGAGGAAGGUUACCUUGUCUAUGAGUGUAACCGAAGGUGCAGAUGCAAUAAGUCCUGUCCAAACAGAAUAUUACAGAAUGGAGUACGAGUCAAGUUGGAAGUCUUUAAAACAGAGAAUAAGGGAUGGGGGGUAAGGGCUGGGGAGGCUAUCCUACGUGGCACAUUUGUGUGCGAGUACAUUGGAGAGGUUUUAGAUGUUCAGGAGGCACAUAACAGGCGCAAGAGAUAUGGCACAGAACAUUGCAGUUAUUUCUAUGACAUCGAUGAUCAUGUUAACGAUAUGAGCAGAUUGAUAGAAGGACAGGCGCACUAUAUAAUAGAUGCUACUAAAUAUGGAAAUGUGUCCAGGUUCAUCAAUCAUAGCUGCUCGCCGAAUCUUGUGAAUCACCAAGUUCUAGUCGAGAGCAUGGAUUGCGAGCGUGCGCACAUCGGUCUUUAUGCAAGUCGAGAUAUUGCUCUGGGUGAAGAGCUGACACAUGACUAUCAUUAUAAGCUUGUGUCUGGAGAAGGAACUCCUUGCCUUUGCGGCGCUUCCAAGUGCAGGGGACGCCUUUAUUAGGACUCGAACACAAACCGGCGGUCGUCGAGUAGGCUCUAACUUUGAAGGCUUCUGUUAGUGUUGAUGUCUUCUAAGAGAUUACCUUGUACAAUGCUUCUUCCUUUGUUCCCUCAUGUCGAUUGGCAACUGUUAUGUGACUGCAUUGUUUAAGCGGGAUCUCUGUGGCACAAUUUCUUGGUACUAAUUAUUGAUGCGGAAAUGUAAAUAUAGUACAAUGUUUUGUUUUAUCCUAAUUUGCUCCUUGUUAAAUAUGUUUGAAGAAUUA